GUUUCUGCCGUCUACGGAGGUUGAACUUCUUAGAGCGAGAGAGGCUACUUUACUCAAGAAACGUAGCAGUAUAUCAGCUAUUAACAUUGCAUUGCUUUCCGUCUUCAGCAAUUGAGAUCGAAAUUCAGUAUAAAAAGAAACCGUAGAAAUAAUAGUGGUUCAUAAAGACUUGUUUUAUAAAUUUAACGAAAAUAAAUUGAAUGAAAAUAUUAGAAAACACACAAGUAUACAAUAACACAAGUACUCAUUUCGUGCAAAAAGUUUGUAUCGAUGACAGCGCGAUUGAUAUCUCACAUGAUACCGAUUUGAGAAAAAAUAGUCGAGAUCGUUCGACAACAACGGCGUGAAUUUUUAGUUUCAACAAAAAGUGACAAAAGUGGAAUUAGCUUCAUAUUGGAGAUCCUUCUCCUUUUUCUCCAGAAUUUUCUUUUCUGAAUUCACCUUUUAAGAAUAUGGUUCUUCGUAAAAGAGAUGGAAUCAUUAUAUAUAAUAUUGUUUUAAUAGGAAAGCGUCAUUAAACCAAGUUUUCGUUAGAUUUAGAGCUACGAGCGAGAGAAACCUAACGAACAAGCAGGUGCUCUGGGCUGAUCGAUCCUAUAUGUCCUGCUUAAGUGGAGGACGUCGUUUUGGCGAAACCACAUGGAGGGUGAUCGAACCCAGCAGAGACUAACGGAAGGAAAGCCCUCUACUACGCUACAUGUUAUCUUUCUUCCAUCAUUCAAACGGCAGGAAUUAUGAAUACUAAUCAUCAUACAGCGAAUGUGAGAGCAAAGGUGGAUUUAGUGACGAGAUUAAUCGAAUUCCUAGCAAUAAUAGGAUCUCUCUUUUUGGUGACAAUUACGCUGCCAUUCUCCCUCUGUUGCUUAUUCAAAGUGGUUCACGAGUAUGAGAGGGCCGUAGUUUUCAGAAUGGGUCGUUUAAAAGGUGCAGCUCGCGGUCCAGGAACCUUUCUCGUCAUACCGUGUAUCGAUUACUGUGUACGCGUAGAUCUGAGGACAGUGUCCUUUGAUGUGCCACCGCAGGAAGUGCUUACCAAAGACUCGGUCACUGUGAGCGUUGAUGCGGUUAUCUAUUACCGUAUAAAGGAGCCUCUGAAUGCCGUUAUAAAAAUUGCGAACUAUAGCCACUCGACGCGGUUACUGGCCGCGAGUACGUUGCGUACGGUCCUUGGCACAAGAAGUCUCGCAGAGAUCUUGUCGGAACGAGAGACCAUUUCCCACACCAUGCAAACUGCUCUGGAUGAGGCAACGGACCCUUGGGGAGUUAAAGUCGAGCGAGUCGAGAUAAAGGACGUCCGACUUCCGGUACAGCUCCAACGAGCCAUGGCUACCGAGGCAGAAGCUGCGAGGGAGGCAAGGGCUAAAGUGAUUGCGGCAGAGGGAGAAAUGCGAGCUUCCCAUUCCCUGAAAGAGGCUAGCGAUGUCAUUUCCACUAGUCCCGCCGCUCUGCAGCUGCGAUACCUGCAAACCCUCAACAAUAUAUGCAGCGAGAAGAACUCAACAGUUAUAUUCCCAUUGCCGGUUGAAUUCCUGACGCCUUUAUUUACCUCCAGUUUGCAUGGUCAUCAAGAAACUACGUAAGCAAUUAAAACGAUCCAAUUUUUUUAAAUUUGUCUACGAAUGUAUCUAUAAUAUAAUACAUGUAAUAGAAUUUGAAUAUUAUAAAUAUCUUGGACAAUAAAAAACAAUUAUGAUGUAAUAUAAGAUUGAAAAUUGAAUUGACUAAAUGAGCACACGUCGACUACACUCUAUCAAUAAAAUUGUUUUUCGAAUA